AUGACCACAGCACUGGCAAGAUUACGAACCAUUGCGACUACUCGUCGCCUAGCAUGUAUUACAGCCUGGGACUACCCCAGUGGCUUGCUUGCAGAAUCAGCAGAGAUUGAUUUGGUACUAGUGGGUGACAGUCUCGGCAUCACGGCUCUUGGAUACAAGGAUACAAAGGCCGUGACCUUGGAUGAAAUAGUACACCACACGCGAGCUGUCGCCAGAGCUUACAAGACCGGUUUUCUCCUGGCUGAUCUUCCUCUUGGCUCUUACGAGAAGUCUACCAAACAUGCAAUCGAGUCUGCCAUCAAGCUAGUCAAAGAAGGCGGUGCUCAUGGUGUGAAGCUUGAAGGAGGUCGCGACAUGGCCCCUGCAAUUCGAGCUAUCUCCAAAGCAGGUGUUCCGGUGAUUGGCCACAUAGGACUCACACUGCAGCGAGAUCUGGAUGCAUCCAAGGAAGUAGAUGAUGGCAGUGAGGCUCUUGAGGAUGCCAAGAGCGUUCAGGAUGCUGGUGCUGUGGCUGUCGUAGUAGAAGCAGUGGCUUCAGGAACAGCAGAUACCAUCACCAAGACGUUGAGAAUUCCGACCAUCGGUAUUGGUUCUGGCCCUCAUUGCUCAGGGCAGCUAGCCCUUCAGACGGAAAUACUCGGAUUCCAGAAGAUAUUGUUCCCAGAGUGGCACAAGCGAAUUGCCACAAGCAUUUCCGAGGUCAACGUGCGGCUACACUUUUACCACCCAUGGAUUGCAGCAAGUUUCGACAAUUUUGUCGCUGCAACUUAUUCCGAAUGGAAGCAGCGAUGCCAAGACUGGUGGGGGAUGGAUGUCAUGACAGAUGGACGAGUAACAUAUGAGCAUAUGGUCGACCGGUAUCUGAAAAUCCAUCACGAUGAGGUGAUAAAGGAACACUAUCCUUCCAAUGACAACAACUGCGACGCACAAGCUUGGUCUGGAAACAUCUCUCGCCAGGCUUACAAAAUCUACAGAGAAAGAUACAAUUCUCAAACAACAUCGCAAAGCAAUAACGCUUUUGCAAUAAAGCUAACUGAAACCAUUGCAAUGCUACCGAAUCUUCGUCAAGUCGCACUUCAUGAUGGUGUUCUCGAAAAUAAUUAUGAUCUGGGGCGUGAGAUCGAUUCGGCUGAUGAACAUGACUUAUCAACCCAAGCCGGCAUCUUGAUUCAAAUAUUCUCUCGCCCAAUGCUAUGGGAGGAAGCGCGUUGGAUCGAACCCACCGAAUUCAUCUGGCCUGGCGUUCCUAUACACUUGCUCGUGGAUAUUCCAUUGGCACUGGGUACGAGCGAGUCACUGAUUAUUGACCGGCUCUGUAUUCAUGUGUCAGCGGCGCCUGAAUACACGGCACUGCAACUGAGCGAUGAUUGUUUGGAUAGACUAUCCGCAGCAAUCAAAAGCAUGGAUCUUUUCCAAUUUACGUUUCAACCUCGGUGUCGCAGUGGAUGUGGUCCAUGGACUACUGAUGAAGAGGGUGACUCGAACUAUAUAUCCAGGACAGCGGAUGAGCUGACUGCUAUAAAACGGUACAUAAGCGCAUUCUUUGCUGCCGGAACUAUUAAUGGCGCCGAUAUAAACUUUGGGGAAUUUUGGCAUAGCCUGGGAUGCGGUUCCAUGCUCAAUGCUCAAACUUCUGGCACUGCAUUUACUUGGCCCUUCAAUUCCGAUUUAUGGUCAGUUAGUCUCAUUGAGACCGACGUCACUGAUGUAGAGCUGGGAACAUUGGCUAAAGCUCUUCAACCAGAAGGACAGCUUUCACUAUUUGCCGUGUACAUACAUCAUGGCUUAUGGGAAGAUGCGCUGGACAGACUGAGAGAGGGAUUGCGCAAUCCGCAUUUAGUAUCCAUUAGGCAUCCGGCUGGCGGGGAGAUUCUUAGUCUUGAAGACGACCAAGUCAAGUCAAUUUUCAGUCCUCGAAAUAACAAGGAAGACACUGAAGCCGAUCGAUAUGUUAUGGGGAAAUCUUUGCAAAAUCCUUUUGAAACAUUUAGAGAGUAG